UGGACACGAAAAUUGGACACAACCUUUGUCUGUGUGAAACUUAUGUUUAAGAGGCUCAGUGAACAUUAGGCUACCUGUGGCCGAAUCGUAUCAUCGCUCAGAGGACAAACAUAGCCUAUCUUGAGUGUGGUCGUUUCAAUAUUGACUGAAGAAUGUGUUAAUAUCAGUGUCAGUGCCGCCUCUCUGACUGAGGUUUCCCGCAUCUUUACAAACCCCAGAAAUCGAAGGUGCUAAAUGUAAUGGAGACAAAUGAGCCUGUUAUGUAGAAUGGAUCCUCACAUAUCCCUGUAAGAGAAGGGACAAAGGAAGAAAACCCAGGACGGACGAUAGGAGGGCUGCCGUGCCAUAGGCGGAAGAGUGGCGACCCCUAGAAUCAUAGAGUUGAAGGCAUGUCUAACCAGACCCAGAUCUUUGGCAUAGAUGGCCCAGGGAGCCUGCUGGCAGUGUUGGCCUCACAGAGGGCCAGUAGUAUUAGCAGCACCAGCAGUGAAGGAAUCUCAGCUGCGGCCGUGUCCACCUAUGUCAAGUUGGUGUUCCUGGGCCUGAUCCUCUGUGUCAGCCUAGCAGGCAACCUGCUGGUGUCUCUGCUGGUCCUCCGAGACCGGGCCCUUCACAAGGCCCCCUAUUUCUUCCUGCUGGACCUUUGCCUAGCUGAUGUCAUCCGUUCUGCUGCCUGCUUCCCCUUCGUGCUGGUGUCUGUCCACAACAGCUCAGCAUGGACCUACAGUGCCUUCAGCUGUAAGCUGGUGGCCUUCCUAGCUGUGCUCUUCUGUUUUCACGCUGCCUUCAUGCUGUUCUGUGUGGCUGUGACCCGCUACCUGGCCAUCGCCCACCACCGCUUCUACGCCAAACGCAUGACGGUCUGGACCUGCGCUGCCAUCAUCUGCAUGGUCUGGACUUUGGCCAUUGCCAUGGCGUCUCCGCCUGUCUUUGACGUGGGGACGUACAAGUUCAUUCAAGACGAAGACCAGUGCAUUUUUGAGCAUCGCUACCUUAAGACCAAUGACACUCUGGGUUUCAUGCUCAUGCUGGCCAUUGUGGUCCUGGCCACUCAUGGUUUCUACACCAAACUCCUGCUGUUUGAAUACAAGCACCGCAAGAUGAAGCCUGUCCAGCUAAUUCCAGCCAUCAGCCAGAACUGGACCUUCCACGGCCCGGGUGCCACAGGUCAGGCAGCAGCCAACUGGAUAGCAGGCUUUGGCCGAGGCCCAAUGCCCCCCACCCUGCUGGGCAUCAGGCAGACUUUGCACAACCAGCAGCAGCAACGCCUGCUGGGCAUGGAGGAGGUCAGAUCUGAGAGGAGGCUAGGCAGGAUGUUCUACAUCAUCACUCUGCUCUUCCUGGUGCUCUGGGCUCCCUACAUAGUGGCCUGUUUCUGGAGGGUGUUUGUCAAGUCCUGCUCCAUCCCUCAUAGGUACCUCUCCAUCACAGUGUGGAUGAGCUUCGCCCAAGCAGGAGUCAACCCUAUCUUCUGCCUCCUGCUCAAUGAGGACUUGAGGAAAGUGCUGAGGGCCCAUCUGCCCACCUACAGCAGGACUAGACAACACCAACAGCUGCACCGCCAUGAGCUGUUUGUGUUCACCAUCACAUGAUACUACUGUAUCGUGUGAUGGGAUGGGGGUGUUUUGUUUGUAUCAUACAGAAAUGCCUAUCUGACCUUUUUUUGUAAAGAGAAUGUUUAUCAGACGCUACUAUUUUUGCAAAUGUAUUACGACUUUGUUUCAUUUGUAAUGUGCAGAUGAUGUGUGUGUGGAGACAUGUAGUAUGAGAAGCAGGUUUGUAGUAAUACUAGUAAUGAACAUUCUCAGUAGAUUAUCUCAUUAACAUGUUAAAACGGAUUUUCUUUAGUUCAAUAGAGGGGAUUGCAACGUCACCAUAAAUAGCAGGAUAUACUGUGUACAAAACUUUUGAGUUGCACUCCCCCAUAUUACCCUCAGAACAGUUUCAAUUCGUCAGGGCAUGGACUCUACAAGGUGUCGAAAGUGUUCCACCGGUAUACUGGCCAAUGUUGACUCCAAUCCUUUCCACAGUUGUGUCAAGUUGGCUGGAUGUCCUUCGGGUGGUGGACCAUUCUUGAUACACACGGGAAUCUGUUGACCAUUAAAAAAAACAGCAGCAUUGCAGUUCUUGACACAUACAAACUGGUGUGCCUGGCACUUACUACCAUACCCCGUUCAAAAGGCACUUCAAUUGUUUUUUCUUUUACUACCAUACCCCUCAAUGGCACACAUACACAAUCGAGGUCUCAAUUGUCUCAAGGCUUAAAAAUCCUUCUUUAACCUGUCUCCUCCACUUCAUCUACCUUGAUUGAAGCGGAUUUAACAAGUGAUAUCAAUAAGGGAUCAUUGCUUUCACAUGUAUUCAACCGGUCAGUCUAGGAAAACCUGCUCUUUCCAUGAUAUGUUUUGUACACUCAGUGUAGGUUAUGAUCAACUGCAGUCUAGACUGGAAAUAAUCUCAUGUGCAUUGGAACAAGAUCCAUUUGAUUUUGUAGUUUAUUUUACCAUCAGGGAAU